GGUGCGAUUUUAAUUGAAAAACUACGAAAUGGGUGAUGUCACAGGCAUAAGCAAUGCCGAGGCCGAAGCUUUGUGCAAAAAGCCGGAUAAGGCAACAGAGGAAUUCCUGUUCCAACAAACCAUGUAUCGCAUUAAGGACCCCCGGAAGUCGCUACCCUUCUAUACGGGCGUCCUAGGCAUGACAUUGCUGGCGAAAUUGGACUUCCCCGAGUCCAUGUUUUCUUUGUAUUUCAUGGGCUAUGAGAGUGCCGACGACAUACCCAAGGAUCCCAAGGAGCGCAGGAGCUGGGCGUUGAGCCGCAAGGCAACCAUUGAGUUGACCCACAACUGGGGCACUGAAAAUGACUUGAAGCAGAUCUAUCACAACGGCAACAGCGAACCCCGUGGCUUUGGACACAUUGGACUGAUGGUUCCUGAUGUCUAUGCUGCCUGCAAGCGAUUCGAGGAACAGGGAGUCGAGUUCGUGAAGAAACCAGACGAUGGCCGCAUGAAGGGAUUGGCCUUCAUCAAAGAUCCCGACGGCUACUGGAUUGAGAUUUUCAAUGCCUACACCGUUCGGAAAUAGAAUGGAAACGAAACUUUACUUUUAUUAAAUGUACAUGUGCUCCCGUUCCUUACCCAACCUUUUAAAAGGAGAAUUGUUACAAUAAAUUAGGGAAUGUCCACUGUCG